UAUUUGUAGGCAAAGAUGUUGCUAAAUAUAAAAAGCAUCAUAUGGAUGUGCUCUACGUUAGCUAUAAUUUAUAUGCUACCUAAAGGUAAAAAAAUUGUAUCAGAGCCUACAACUGUUAAGCUGGUUACAACUCUGAAAACUGACAGUGUGAAACUAUCAUCUGCUAAAGUUACUCUUAAACCUUCUGUUUUUGAGAGUUCAGUUACUGAAGUGGCAGUCACCAAAACAAAGGUCCCUGCUUGGGAGGAAGCAACCCUAGAGAAUGAAGAUACAAAAAUGACUACUGAAGUGGCUGAGGAGAAAAGGGAAAUGGAGGUGCUUAUGGAGAACAUUAAGUUAACCACCCUUUUACCUCAGACUGUCACAGAUGGUGAAAUAAGCCCUUAUGAUACGCUGGGAAGGACUGAAUAUGAUGUUUCACCUAGGUUAACAGAGAGCACAUCUGCAGCUUUGGAAGUGGAGCACACUUACUCUGAAGCAGAAUUGCCCGAGGAACAAGGUAGGUCUGAAAGCACUGAGGACGCUUUCUUGACCUCUGUAGUUUUUCAGGAUAGCACAGCUGUAGCUAAGAGUUCCACUGGUUCGUGGGAAGAUAUUGAAACAGGAGAUACACAAAAACAUGAUGCUGAUAAUCAGACUGAACAAAUAGAAGUGGGUCCUGUGAUGACAGCUACAGAUAGCUUGGUACCAGCUUCUCAGAGAGAGUUACCCAGUACAGGGACUUCAGUUUCACUAACAAAAGAAAAUCUGUAUCUUGGUUCUCACUCAACAAAAGAACCCACAAAAAAAUCAAUGGAAGCAAAAUCUGACAAGAAACUUACAACUGUUGUAAUCCCUAAGGCUUUAUUCACUGAUCAGUAUGAUCUUACUACAGAGGGGGAGGGAAGAGAGAGCAUGUACACCGUUAUGCCUGAUAGAAUUUCUGGCGUGGCUCUGGUUAGCAUCCCAGAAUCAGAUGUGCCUGCUGUAUCAGAGACACUCAUAGAUGAGCUUGUGGUAACCACUGGACAAUCUUCUACAGCAGAUGAGUCAACUCCACUCAUUAAAUUUAGUUCAUCUGCAACUGUGUUUGAUAAUGAGGCGUCAGCUGAGGGAAGCAGAGAGGACUUAAAAGAUGUGCAUCACACUACGUCAUCUGGAAUACCUGUAUCCUUUUCUGUAUUCACUGCCAAAGAAACAGGAUCUGCUCUCACAGAAGGUACCAUUGCCCCACAAAAGUUUGAAGAAGGCAUCACAUCUGUUCUUCACUCAUCUCAGCAAACAGAAGGAUCGGUUAUUUUAGAAAAGCAGGAAAAAACAAAGGAGCCAGAAGUGAGAACAAGAGAUGAUAAAGUCCUUUAUAUCACAACUGCUUUUCCUGCUUCUGUUACGGCAGGAUCUGAGGGACGUUUUGUAAGUGAGAAGUUCACACACACUCCUCCAGUUUCUGGCAUGUGGCUACAGACAGAUAAGGAUCGGGGCUAUAUAACAGAAGAAACAUCUCAUACUAAGAGAAUUGAGUUAGACACUGAAGAUGGUAUCUCUGGAAUGGAGCCUACAUCAUCUCCAGGGCAGAUUAUAGAAUAUACAAAGCAUCUGAGAGCUUCAGUUUCAGCAGUAACGGAUGAAACCAACACAAGCAUGGAGACAGCAGAAACGAAAAUUGAUGAAGAGGCUGUAUCAGCUGAUUUUGAUCUGAGUGAAGGUGUUACAGAUGUCUUCCAUACAAGCAGCUCUUUAGAUUUGGAAAAGUUUGCUGUAUCCAAAAUAUUAGUGGAUGAAAGUAGUGCAACAAUUAAAUCAUUUAGCUCCUUUAGUGGUAAUAUGUUACCAACUGCUGUGCCCACUGUCCUGGAGGUGACUGAUCAUGAAGCAGAUGAAACAUCAGGAUACGUUUUGAAAAUGACUCUUUCUACCCCAGAAGAUGAACAAAGAAAGGCUACUGAGAAAUCACCAGUAACCUCUGCUGAAGAUGAAGUCUCUACAGGGACGGAGAUCUCAAAACACACAAUGACAGAAGAAGGCCAGACAACCAGUUUGACAUCCACUGAGGAGGAGUCAGUGGCAACACUUCAGGAGAGAGAAGGAGAAACAUCUGUUGGCUUAGCAGAAACAAAGGAACCCCUUAAGUUUACAGAUUUAACUGAGAUAGAGAAUACAGUUCCACAGAGAGAACAUGAUAUUUCCCUAGUUCCAGUCACUGUAGGUAGUGGGAACAUUGGAGAGAUGCAAGCUACUGAUCAGACUUCUUUUCACAAUAUCAUUCAUACUGAAGCAACAGUAACAACUGCAAAAGCUAGUGAAGUUUUUCCAAAGGAGCUCUCCACAAAAGAUCAAGAUAGGGAACUAGGUAUUGCCACAGGGUCUACCUUACCUGUGACAUCUGUCCAAAUGCGUGAACAAAAGACGACAGCAGGAUUUGAAUUAUCUCUAACAACCACUCAGGAAAAACACGAUGAGACUGGUUCAGCCUAUGAUGAGAUGUAUCCAGCAACAGAAUUAUCAGUGCCUGCAUUAAUGCUUACAGAAUAUGGACAAGUUUCAGGGCCUGUUGUAAGUAGUACCAGGUCUUUGCAUCUCACAGUAACUCCCAAGGCUGAGACUGCUACUGAGCAAGAGAAGACUACAGAAGCGAUGCCUGUAACGUUUGGUACACAAGCAAAAGUGUAUGAAAGCAAAGGAACCACCACAAGGGAAGAAGACAGAAAUAUAGGGAGCUGGAGUUCUGUGUUGCCCCCCCAUAAGAUGCUGAGUAGUCCUUCUACUGCGGGAAGCAUUAGUCUUCUGACUUUGGGAGCUUCUCCAAGUCAAACUCCAGAAGGUUCAGGAAUAUCAGAAGAGCUAGAAGAAGUCAAAAUGGUUCCAUUUUCAUCUAAAGCAACAGAUAAAACAACUGUUCUCAGUGAUGUAACUACAUCAUCUGUUAGUGCUGUAGACAAAAUUCAGCCUACAUCAGCAUCCAAACCUUUUGUUUCUCUGAAGACGCCACGUAUUAUUCCUGAGGAAGAUGAGGAGGUAACAAGCAGUGACAUCAUAGUAAUUGAUGAAUCUAUUUCUCCAAGUAAAGCCACUGCUGAAGACGAUCUGACAGGAAAGAUGGUAGAACCAGAAAUUGAUAAGGAAUAUUUCACAUCAUCAACUUCUACUGCAGUUGCACGGCCUACUGCCCCACCCACAAUGAUGGAGGCCACAGAGGCCUUACAACCACAAGAGGUGUCUCCUACUUCACACCCUGAUAGUGGAACUGACAUAAGAUUGUAUGUUAUUCAAAUCACAGGCAAUGAUACAGAUCAUCCGGUGAAUGAGUUUUUGGAUCUGUUCAGUCGCCACAUUCUUCCUCAUGCAAUAGAUGAACCCCAUACUGAUGCAGAAUCAUCUCAGACCGAACCCUGUACUUCAGACUCUGUGCAGGAUUCGUCUGAAUAUAUAAUAUUAGAUCCUUUCUUUCCAAACUUUAUGGACUUUGAAGAGGAGGAAGAAGACUGUGAAAAUACUACUGAUGUUACAACUCCUCCAGCUUUGCAAUUUAUCAAUGGAAAGCAACAAGUGACAAGUGCACCUAAAAGCACAAAAGCUGAGGAAGCAAGAAGUGAUCAAAUUGAAAGUGUUGCACAUUCAAAAAAUGUAACCUUUUCACAAAUCAAUGAAACAAACACCUUUAUAAUAUCUGAAACUGAAGCUUCUGGUACAAUGCAGCCAAGCAAAGCUGGAGAAGUAAUAGGGGCAUUUGAAGUCACACAACCGACAGCAGAUGUUGCAAUGUUAGAACCAGUAUAUAGUGGUGAGUCAGAAGUUACCACAACAGACAAAUACUUAGAGAUUACUUCUAUGUAUGAACAGUCACCACAAAAAAAUAAGGAGACUGUAAUGUGGCAUGGAUCUGAGGAGAGUUCUACCAAAGACACAAAAGACUUGCUUUUGAUUGCUAGUGAAUCUUCUGGAGAUGGCUCCACUGAAUCUGAUUUGUCUAGGUCUGUGUACACAGAAGUUGUGACAAUGUCAAGUCAUGGAGAUAAUGAAAAAUUUUCUGGUACAACUUCUGUUUCUAGUGUCAUUUCUGUGGAAAGUUCUGCAGUAACUGCUGCUCCAAGUGCAGGUUUUGAUACUGCUACUGUAGGCAUAGCUGUGAAAGACUUUAUUCCAAAAGAUGGGACCACCGCUCCAGGAAAUUACUAUAAAUCGACUAUUAAACUUGAUGCAGAGUACCCUUUUGAAAGCAACCUGGAAGCAACAACUCAUGCAACAAAGCCUGAGAUGAGUGCUUCUUCUUUUAUAGUUCUAGAAGGUUCUGGAGAUAUAGAAGAGAACAGCAGUUUAUCUUCAGCCACAACAGAAACACUUUCAGUGCAAGAUAUUUCUUUGGGUUCUGGCACAGUACUCCCAACAGAAAUUUCUGUAGCCAUUUCAGAAAUCACCUCUGCUUUGCCUGGAGGAGGAAGAAAUCUUUAUUCUACUUUUGAUCAAAGUUCUGAAGCAACUGUUUCCACCAAUUUUGUGUCUGAAUUAAUUAUGGAGCAAGUAGUUGGCAGCUCUGUUGCAACUGAAAAGAAAGUUGAAGAUGAAAAAGAAUUACAGACUACUGUUUAUUCAAGUCAGGAAGUUUCAGCCAUUGAUGCAAAGGGAAAGUCAGAACUGAAUGAGCUUGGAAGCACUACUAAUGAAGUCAGAACUGAAAGUCAGGAACAGAUCCUUCUCAGAAAAAUAGUACCAGUAACAGGUACCAUGCAUUCUGAAAUCAAAAAGGUUACCACCACUCCUUUCUUGAGAGAGAAGAAGCUUUUUAUAAAUGAAGGAUCAGCUGAAGAACCAGCAGACUUUUUUUCAGGGAGUCCCACAAGAAUAGUGGUAAGUACUGACUCCCCAUUUACUGAUUCAGGUUCUGGAGACAUAGAUGUUAUCACUGAGUCUGCUACUUUGACUUCAGUUCCAUCAAGGUCUAUCAUAGAAACACAAACAGUAAAACAUGAAGGAAAUACUUAUGUCAUCAGUGUUUCACUGAAGAAUGCCACAACAGAAUAUGAAGAGCACAUAGGAGGAAGUGAACCAGCAACAUCAGUUUCAACUACUGGGUCAGAUAGCUUAACAAAAGAGUCUGAAGUAGCAAUUCAGAUGUCUGAGAAUGUCUUUAGUACAGAAAACCAAGGAGAACAAACACAAGAAGCAGAACCAACUUAUACUGCUCCUUCUGACAUCAAAUCAGGUUCUAGAAGAGAGGUAACAUCUCAUGUUACACCAGUAAUUAGAACAAAGGAUUUACAAACAGCUGAAGUCACAUCAUCUCCAGAAUCAGUUGUUAAUAACAGCACUCUUGACACCAUGGUGACAUAUGAUAGCAUAAAAGCAGUAACUGAGUCUACAGAAAGCAAAAUGGGAAAAGGCAGCUUUUCAACCGUUUCUUUGGGUAAAAUUCUAAUGAUUGAGUAUGGCUCUGGCGAAGAACUCAAAGCUGACAGCAGCACCACAAAACUAAUGUCAAAUGGACCUACGGAAAAAGUGCUUGAAAGCCAUUUUUCACUUUUUGAACAGGGAUCUGGAGAAGCAGAAACUUUAACUGAACCAUUUACAAAAGCAUCAAUUUCACCCACUGGGAAACCAGAACCACAAGAGCAGUAUGACAGAAAAGCUGUCAGCAUGCCAUCCACUCUGGUUCAUGCCUUCACUACUGAACCUAAUGAGCUAGUCACAAGUACUGAACAUGACAUCACUACUUUGCGAACUGUAACUGAUACAAAAAUGGAAGAGAAAACAGCUAAUGAGCUAAUAGUGACAUCUUUUGCUACAAAUCUUCCUGUGUCAGAAGAUGUGCACUCAUGGGAAGACAGGCCAAGGGAAAUUUCAACAAAAGCAGUAGAAUCUUCUGGAGAAGCAAUGGAGGAUCCAUUCUUCAAAAGUACGCAGGCUAACCAUGAAUAUGUGGAAUUCUUAGAUGUUCCUACUAUCAGACCAUCUUCAGAAGAAAACAGAGUAGAAGCUGAAUCUGGUGAAAAAGUGUUGUUGCCAUUUAAUAAUGACAGAGUUACUGAAUCUGCAAUAAUUGAAAGGAUAUACUUAAGUUCUCCUGUUACAGAUACAGAGCAAGAAGAGAAGUUGGUACAAAAUAUUUUUCCCACAGAAGAUAUUCCCAGAUUACUUCUGAUACCUAAAGAAGAAAAACCAACAAACAAUGAGCUCAUCAGUGAUCCAUUAUUUUCAGGACAAGGAUCAGGAGAUGAAUUUACUGUUAUUCCUUCAGGAGACUCAUUGGCUGUCAAAGAAACCACAAAUACUUUAAGUCCUCAGUCUUUUCAUCCUGCAAGUAUAGAACCCGAACUUUCCACUGACAAGACACAAGUCUUUGAAAGUGGAAGGACGGAAUCAAAUGCUGAAAUUAAUGGAGAAAUUAGAACUACUGCAGCAGAGCUGUUGACAGAAACUGCAUACUCAAUGGCCACCAGUUCCCCAGCUUUAGAAGAAGAGAGUUCCAGUCACUCCAACUCUAAAGACAAAGAGAUAACACAUUAUUUUGUUGUGAUUGAAGAACCUUACAAAAAGGAAGUGGACCAUAGGAGUGGAGAAAAUGAAACAAACCGGCCAAUAGCUACUCCUGGAGAUAUUUCUUAUGAGGAAUCUUCACAUAUGCUGGCUACAGAUGAUGUAACUCCCGUUUCUGUAGUACUGAGUGAAACUCCUUAUCUUGUAACAGAAAAAUCUCUUGCAACCUCAGCAACAAAAAUGCCAAGCAGAGUAUUUCCUGAAAGUUCUGGAGAGGGAUCUGGUUGGGAUGGUGUUUCAGAUUCAUUUCCCCCUGAUACAUUUACUCAUUUGACAAUACCUCCUGUGACAGAAGUCGAACUAACUGCUUCAUCUCAGGUUCCUGGGGAAGUUUAUCCUAAAGUUAUGACAACAGAUGCACCAGGAGAUGGAUCACAGAUUGUGAUCACAGGAUUAGGUUCUCUUUUAACAGAAGAAAAAGAGAUUGUGGCAAAUCAAACUGCUGCUGAUCCAAAGACAGCUACAUCAGAAGAGCUGACAAGUGAUACUGGGAUGUCACUGGAUAUUAUUCCAGUGGUUGAUGACAGAAGACAUGUUACACUGAAUGUUUCUGUUUAUGGUGAUAUUACACUAAUUGAAGAACGACUUCAAAUCCCAUCUGAAAAAACAACUAUUAUAGACAUGGAUCACUCCAAGUCAAUGCCUGAAGAUAUAAUAAGUGUGCAGACAAUGCCAAAUCUUGCCAUACAGUCAACGUAUGGCAGUGAUGAUAGCAUGAAAGCUGAAGAGGACAAGAAUGAUUCAACACUUAAUUUUUCUACAGUCAAAGAGAAUAUAUCUAGAUCUGGUGAUAAUCUUUCUUUGACUACUUCCAUGCAGCCAAGUAGUGAAUCAGCAACAGCUGGACAUGGACCAAAAUUAGUAGACAAGGAUUUAGGUUCAGGGUAUGCCAUGCAGUUUGCAACUGAAACUCUCACAACUACCAUACUCAAUGAAUUGGGAAUUUUCCUUCCAACAGUACCCGCGCUGGUAAGCCCCCAUAUGCCUCAUGACUCUAAAAAAUCUGAGUUCGAGGCUAAACAUGUUGGAAGGACAAGCACGGCAGAUGAUGUGCAUGAGACUUAUACUUCAGCAAACAACCAAAUACUAACAGAUCAAAGUGAAACAAUGUCUGUUACUGGGUUUUCUGGAAUGGGCCAAGAAGAAUCAGGUGACAAAAAGCCUGUGGUUCCUUCCCUCACACCAGAUUUGACUACGGAGACAGAAGAGGCUUUGACAACUGACACAUUGGAUGUAAGUAUGGUCACUACACAGAGUAUGUCCCAACAUGCAACUGUAUCAUCUAGCAGUAGUGAAGAAAAGCAUUCUACAGUAUAUGUGCAAACAAAAUCAGCAUCAGCAGCAGAGUAUGAAGAAACAGGCUCAGUGAGUUUAAAUUCUGUAUCUCAAAAUCCUAAAUCCUCAGUAACUGUUCGGUUAGUUAACGGAGUAUCUGAAUAUCCUGAGGUAAUCAUUCCAAGUACAUCAUCUGCAAAGGAUUCAGAUCAGUCUGCUCACUCAUCGGAUGGAACUUUCAAAGAGGUUAGUUCUGAUAUUGCAGCAACUUAUAAACCACCCACUACAGACCUAGAUACAACAGAGUCUUCUCUGCUAGAGUUUUCUUCUGAGCCUAAACUAGAAAGCAUAACUACUGAAAGUUCUCCUCACUUUAAUAAACUUGUAACAGAGAGGUCAGAGGAGACAGAAUCUUCUGUAAAUGAUCUGAUUAUUGAGGAAAAUGCUACAGUUUCUGGAGAUUCUCCAUCAAUACAUGACUACCCUACUGCUUUUCUGAAUUUUGGAGAAAGAACAAGCACGGAUGUUCCAAAACUUAGCACAAUAGAAGUUGAAUUUUCUUCAGAGAGAGUGAAAAAUCCCAGUCAAGAAAGUGAUAGAAAUACUGAGAGAGAGAGACCAAGGCUUUCAUCCACACCUGCUUCAGAUUCACCCAGCAGUAUAGAAAUUGGAGUAUUUAAACCUGACCAGGAAACAGUUACAAUGCUAACUUCAUCUUUAGAGCCUUUGGAUAGAAGUUUGGAAACACAGUCAGCUUUGCUUGGUCGACAGGAGAUCACAACAGUUUCUUCUAACAUUGCAACAAACAAUGCAGCCCCUGGAAAUAAUCCUUAUUCAAAUGAACAGUCAACAAUAAGCUCUGAGGAGCUAAAUACUAUUGAACUUGUAACUUCAUCAUUUUCUCUUCCGGAAGUCACUAAUGGAUCAGAUUUCCUGAUUGGCACAAGUGUGGGUUCGGUUGAAGGCACAGCAGUGCAAAUUCCAGGACAAGAUCCAUGCAAAAGUAAUCCCUGCCUUAAUGGUGGUACUUGCUAUCCACGUGGUUCAUUUUACAUCUGUACAUGUUUGCCAGGUUUCAAUGGUGAGCAGUGUGAAUUAGAUAUUGAUGAAUGCCAGUCUAACCCAUGCCGCAAUGGAGCCACAUGUAUAGAUGGCCUCAAUACCUUUACUUGCCUGUGUCUACCGAGCUAUAUCGGGGCUCUCUGUGAGCAAGGUGUGUAUAGUAGUAGCUAUGUUUCUUUAACACCUCAGACCAGCUCCUUGGCAGCAUUCCCUCCUUUUUCUGGUGGGGGAGAUGAGCAAUAUGAGAACUGGCGACCAAACCAGCCAGAUAGUUUCUUUUCUGCUGGAGAAGACUGUGUUGUUAUAAUAUGGCAUGAGAAUGGACAGUGGAAUGAUGUUCCAUGCAAUUAUCAUCUGACCUACACCUGCAAGAAAGGAACAGUUGCCUGUGGUCAACCUCCUGUUGUAGAAAAUGCAAAGACCUUUGGGAAGAUGAAACCUCGUUAUGAGAUUAACUCCCUUAUUAGAUAUCACUGCAAAGAUGGUUUCAUCCAGCGUCAUAUUCCAACCAUACGUUGCCAAGGGAAUGGAAGAUGGGAUAUGCCUAAAAUUACAUGCAUGAAUCCGUCCACGUACCAAAGGACUUAUUCUAAGAAAUACUACUAUAAACAUUCUUCGUCAGGAAAGGGAACAUCAUUAAAUUCAUCAAAACACUACCAUCGCUGGAUCAGGACGUGGCAGGACUCAAGGCGCUGAGUGCUAAAUGGUGAAUGGGGAUUUCCACCAUUUCAGCCAAAGUUCUAACUUUCUGUGCCUUUUCUAUCACUUUUAGGAGUAUUAUGAAAUUGUUUUGAAACUAUGGACUCCGGUAUUCACAAUGCAUUUUGCAAAAAUAUUGUGUUUAUCAGAAAAUUUUAAAAAGUAUAUAGAGGAGAAGUGCUUAUGGGGAUAAAAAGAAAUCAUUUCCGGCCUAUAAUGAUCAUUAGUUUUCUAUAUGCCAUCAGUGUGGACCAUUUUAUGAUACUUACCAGCCUUUUGCAAUAUUUAAACAGCUCAAUUUUAGCACCAAUGAAAAUGUAAAUAAGAUGAUUUUAAUGUUGUUUAAUUGUUUUUUGUUUUUAAAAUCCUGUAUAUAAAAUGAAAAGUCACACUAAGUUUGGGCAUAUUUAUGGUUAGAAUGGCCUCAGAGGUCUUCAGUCAUUUAUGACAUUGUUUUUAUGUUUACCUAGGCUGGAAAUGGUGGAAAUAACUUUACUGACUGAAAUUUGCUAUUAACAGGUGAAGAUAAACACAAAAGUUACAUGAAUUUUUUUAAAAUGCAAACUGUGCCAGUUAUCAUUCAAGGUACAGUUUGUGGUCCAUGUGAAGCAAAAUUUAGAGCACAUAAGCGGGGAUAUAGCAUGAACUAGGGACUGCAAUGUGGAACUUUUUUUCUGCUCUCCAUUCCAGCCUCAUCAUUCGUGAGAAAGGACUGCAUGGAGGACUUGUAUAUGACAAGGAGGGCCUGUAAAAAUCCAAGUGCUAAUACAUUAACUUUAUCAACCAGGGCCACCUUUUUUGAAAGAAAGAAAAAAGAAAAAAGAAGAAAAACAUGAUUUUCACAACAUUAACUACAAGGUCUAUAUUACAGGUCUCUGCAUUCUAAAAUGGAGAUAGACCUAGUGUUUGGGGGAUCAAUUUUUGUAAAAAACAAACAAAAUCAAAAAAGUAAAUAAUUUUGUAUAUAUAACCAUUUUUUAAUCUUUUUAUAAAGUAAUGAAUGUUUGUGUAUGAAUGCUGCAGCUGUGAAGCGUACAUAAAUAAAUGAAGUAAGCCAUACUGAUUUAAUUUAUUGGAUGUUAUUUUACCCAUGCAAAGAUUAAAAGAGCUCGCCAGAGCAGUAUUAGCCCCUGAGCUCCACUUUUGGAACCAUCUUAUGCUAUUUCCCUAGAGAACAAAAUUCGUGCUAAACAGGCUCAUUUGUUUGUGGUUAGAUGGAUGAGAUCUAUGUGACUUGCAGAAGAAUCAGGAUCUUGGCUUUCUAGACAGAAGUGUGUGCACAAAGAAAUUAUAGGUUGUAGUUGGUGCAGUGUGUGCGUAGGAGUUUUCUGUUGUGAUUUCUUAUCCUGGUCAGUGUGACAACUGACCUGGAUGUGUACAGUAAGUGUAGAAGGUAAUGUUUGAAAGGACCUCUCCACAUAAAGGACUGUGAUUAUUUCUGGGAAGUUCCCUGCACAGCUUUGGGCACAGGAAAAAAGGAAAGAAAAAGGAAAAAUAAAGAACAUUAAGUUCCCUGGGACACACUUUCUAAAAUAUCAUUGCAAAUACAGAGACAGAUGAGAGUUUUAUGCCUUUGUGUUAUGUGUGGAGAUGAUCAAAAAGUUGGAAAAGAAUUGAAAACACAGCCAACAUUUAAGAGUUUGCCCUAAGCAGAGCUACCCAUGAGGCAGCUUUGCCACAGCUUAUUGGGAGCACUGAUUACAGACCCACACAGUAUCUCUUAAAAAAAUGGCAGUGACUGCUCCAUCCUGGGUACCUGACCUCUAUGUUUAAGCCUGACAAUGCAUCGCUGCGUUGGCUGGUUCAUUCCCCACCCCUGCCCCCAAACAAUGCACAUAAUACUUUUCUCUAUUUAUAUUAUCUUGUAUAGUGUACAAUGUGAAUGUCUGGUUUUUUUUGUGAAUGAAAGUCUAAAAUCUUUGUAACUUUUAUAUCUGCUUCUGUUUCACCAAAGAAACAAGGUUUUGCUAUACUGUGACUUGUCUUGUUAUUGCAUGUCUUCCUGUUUAAAUCUAUGCAAUGUGAUUUUUUUCAUAUGAAUACAAUUAGACUAUCAGAUACUCCACAGUCAUCAUGGGCUUGGUCAAAUGCCCCCUGGAGUUGAAGAGAAUCAGCUGGCUGAACUUUAAUAGGUGCUGGAUUUGAUUUUAUAUAAUCAGUGGUAGGAGAUUUGGAGUAAUGUUUUAAGAUAUUCAGCUUAUGUUCUGAAGUCAAUUAUUGUUUGUAUGAGUCAAGGCUCUGCUCAUAAGUAUACAGUAUUGUCUGCACAUCACUUCUUUGUACCAGAAGCAUACAGAACAGAAAAUAUAUUUUAACAUUCUGCAAACUUUCUCACCAUAUGUAUAAAAAACCCUGCAUAGAUUUGUUGUUUUCUUGUCUACUUGAUGGAUUUAAACAAUGUUGUAAGGCAUUCAGAUAACAUUGUGAUUGUAGUUUAAGUAGGUUAGGUGCAGUGCUUAUAUUGAUUUUUUUUUCACCUCUUUCUAUUACGCAUAAUAAAGUAGGACUGACAACAUUCCUUAUUAAAAAAGAAAAAAAAAAGAAAAAAAAAUACAAUCUGUUACCCAUGCUUGUUUAUUUAGACAGAUAAUUAAACUUUUUUUUAAGCCUGA